AUGACAGAAACUAAAAAAAUACUCCUUAUUGGGAGAUCAGGACGGGGAAAAUCAACCUUAGCUAACGUAAUUACUGAGGCAGAAAACAAGUUUAAAGAAAGUGGCGGAAGUGCUAGCGAAACAAGAAAAAUUCAGUUUGAAGAAUUUGCUGAUAAAGAAAAUAAUAUUAAUUAUUUAGUAAUCGAUACACCAGGUAUUGGGGACACUAAAAUGUCUGAUAAUGAAGUUCUUGACAUAAUUGCCGAAGCAGUUUAUUUAGUGAGAAAUGGAUUAAGCCAUGUCUUUUUUGUUAUUGAUGGUCGCUUUGAUCAGUAUGAGAUGAUUACCUAUAACUUACUGAGAGAGACUAUUUUUGACCAAGACAUUACUAAACACACUACUAUCACUCGCACUCGCUUUAAAGAUUUUAAAAACAAAAAAAAGUGCCAAGCUGACAUUGAUUUAAUGGUUAAAGAAGCCGAAGACAAAAAAAGUAAACUAAAGCAGGAUAUUUCAGCAAAAGAAAAAGAACUGGCAAAUUUGUCUUCUGAUAGCAACCAAUACCAAGAGUUGCUGGAAGAAAUUAAGCAAUUACAAAAAGACCUAAAAGUUGUUAACUUAUCAGAGAUAAUUGAGUCUUGUCAAAAAAAAGUUGUUUACGUCGAUAAUCCCCCUAUAAGCAUUGCUAUUGCUGAUAAUGAGGAUGAAAAAAGAAAGAGAGAAAGAGAAGAAGAAUUACAGUCGAACAAAAAAAAAAGAGCCAAGUCAAGAGAAAAAGUGUUAGAACACUUAAAAAAUAAUUGUCAAAAUGAUUCUUAUAAACCAGAAAAAUUAACAAAUUUAAGUAAUGAAAUUACCGAAGACAUGGAUAAUUUACUGCGGAGUAGAAAAGAGUAUGAAGAAGAAAUGAAAAA